AUGGCAGGUUCUUCAAGCUCACGUUUACGUUUCUUUCAAGUCACUAAGAAAGCGGCUGUCUUCAUUUCGCGACUAAGGAGUCAACAAGGAUCUUCUGGGAAAUCGUAUUCCACACUUCCGGAGGAACUAUCCGUUCGUCAAUUUUCACUGGCAGAUAUCAAAGCCGCCACCGCCAACUUCGAUGAAGGCUUGAUUAUCGGUACAAGUAUUUUCGGAUCUGAAUACAAAGUGAUUAUAGAUCAUGGGGCAUUUACUGUUGCUAUCAGACGCAUGGAAUUAUGUCUUACUUUAUUCCGAACUGAAGUGGGAGAAACACUCCUUGUUUAUGAAUAUCUGUGCAACCGGUCGCUCUACGAUUGUCUCCAUGGUAAUGCUAUCAAUGCUAAUCCUUGGGAAAAGAGGCUAGAAAUUUGCUUUGGUGCAGCACGUGGAUUACAUUACCUUCAUACCGGAACCAAGUACGUAGUAAUGCACCGCAACGUGACCAACACUAUUCUUUUAGAUCAUGAUUGGACUCCUAAGCUUUCUGGUUUCUUUGUGUCCAAGUUAGGACCUCGGAGCAUGUCGAAAGCUUUGAAAAGAAAAGAGGCACCAGUUGAGGGUGCUUUCGGAUACCUCGAUCCAUAA